AUGGAUGAUUGUAUUCGACUCCGUUUCUUUUAUUCCACUCUAUGGAGUAGGCAGCUUAAGGAGCCCAAGGAAGAUUUCAGUUGCAUAUACGAAUUGAGUCUUUCUAAUUACAUGGAUGGAAUGACACAAGUGGUCAAUGGUCUUUUCUGUGUUAGUGAUUUGGAUCAAAUUUUGACCCUUCACAACAUUUGUACAGGACAGAGGAUGAGGCUACCAGACCCUCCGAGUUGUGAUUCCAUAUCGACAUAUCAUCUUGGGUAUGAUCCAAUUGAUAGGGUAUAUAAAUUACUGAGAUUGAUGAUGUAUGAAUUUUCACCAGUAAAAGAGAAGCCGUUAGAAGCAGAAAUAAUGAUCCUGAGACCCUCCACGGUAUUAUCCACAUGGAGGAAGCUGGACUAUGAUGCUUCCGGUCUAGCUGAUUUGCUGUGGGAAAAUGCUCCUUGUAUUGAUCCUCAACGGAUGAAGCGAAACUCUGAUAUACCUGAUGCAAAAACCUUUGGUAUGGACGGAUUUCUGUAUUGGUACCUAUGGCCACAAUUUAUGUUUUCUUUUGAUCUUAAUAAAGAAAAGUUCCGAUGGAUUAAGAUUCCGAAAGAUCUCUAUUUGUUGACAAAGUCUCCUAGUUGGUAUUGGAGCUUUGUUCAGGGGAUGGGGCAUUUGGCUUUAUGGGUUCCUCCUUGCACAGUUGAUAAUUGCCUGAGGCUCUUUAUGUUAGAAGAUGAUGAGGGUAACAGAUGGCGUCAGCAUUGCAUCCCAAUGCCGGGUUGGCUUAAUGACCCUAAAACUAUUGCAACAGGAAACCCUCUUACAGGUGAGCUGCUGUUGAUAAAUCCUUGCAUGGUGAACCGGCACAACCACAUGCCUGUAUUGUCUUAUAAUCUUGAGACGAAAAAGGUUGAUGGGUUCUUGAUUAAGAAGCUUCCACUAAAUAAUCUCCAGCUUCUUACAGGGGAGAUUCCUCAUCCCAUUGCUCCAGGUCUUCGCCGUAGGCGUUUUCUGAACAACUGUCGUUUGGCUUGGAUAUCAUGUUUACAAGACAACCGUUUUACACCAUUAGAUGAUGUGUUGAGUGGUGCAGCAGCUGAAGAGGGCUAA